GGGGGGCGAGCCAUCCAACUAAAGUUUGCUCCCAAUUUUCUUUCUAAAACCAAGGUAAAUUCUCUCUUUCUCUCAAUUCAACAGCAAUCUCCAAUUAUUCUUCUGGGUCAGGAGGAUAUAAAAGAGUAGUAAGACAACUUGAGCAAUUUGUGAAAUAUGACUGUAAAUCUGGUAAAAUUAGGAAACUUGAUCAUGGUGUGAGAUAUUUUAAUAUAUUGAUUUUGAAAAGGCCAUUGCCAUCUAGUAGUACAUUUAAUCAUGUGUUGAGUUCUUUAUCCAAAAUCUGUUGCUAUUCAGAUGUGAUUAUGUUGUAUAAGAAGAUGAAUUUUGUUGGGGUGCAACCCGAUAUCUAUACAUUAAGCAUUUUGAUUAAUUGUUGUUGUCAAUUAGGAAAGGUUGAUCAUGGGUUUUGUUUGCUAGGAGAAAUUAUAAAGAGAGGUUAUCAUCUUGAUACUGUCACUUUCAAUACCCUGAUUAGGGGGUUGUGUCUUCAAGAAAAGAUUGAUUUUGCAUUCAAAGUGUUUGCUAAAAUGACUGAUAUGGGUAAUCAACUUGAUGCAAUUACCUGUAAUACUCUUAUUCACGGGCUUUGCAGAGCUGGUAAAGUUGGUCAGGCUCUUCAGCUAAAAAACAAGAUGGUGAAUUGGAACUGCAUCCCUACAGUUGUUUCAUACACUCCGAUUAUAGGCGCACUUUGUAAAGGAGGAUCAGUCGAUGACGCUUUAAUUCUCUUCUCUGAAAUGCUUAGGGAUUUGAAUGUUGUACCGGAUGUGGUUGUUUACAGUUCUUUAAUCAACGGACUUUGCAAUUCAGGCCGGUUGAAUGAGGCAAAGAGACUCCUGGACGAGAUGGUUAGUAGAGGAAUAUCAGGAAAUGUAACGACCUAUAGUUGUAUCAUUCAUGGCCACUGCAAACAUGGUCGAUGGGGAGAAGCAAGAAGAUAUCUUUAUGAAAUGAUGGAUAGAGGGAUUUCACCCGAUUCUGUAACUUUUGGUAUACUAAUCAAUUCACGUUGUAAAGAUGGGAUGAUAGAAGAUGCUUGGGGGCUAUUUGAAUUCAUGGAUAAGAUAAACAUCAAACGUGAUCAGAUAACUUAUAAUUCAAUGAUGGACGGUCUGUGUUUCGCAGGUCGGCUGCAAAGGCGGUUAAUCUAUUUGACUUGAUGGUGGAUAGGGGCCUUGAGCCAAAUGUGGUCAACUACAAUGUGUUAAUCAACGGGUAUUGUAAGAAUCAUAAGUUGGAUGAAGCCGUGCAGCUAUUCGAAAAAAUGAAACAAAAUGGAU